CUUGUCGACAGGUCGUAGAAGACUGAGUCUGAAGGCACUAUCAUGAGCUAGUGUGCCCCAGUUAUGUCUGUAGACUAUAUAAAAUUAUGCCAAGUCUAAAUGAGAUUUUAUGUAUGUAUAAUUGAAUUUUUCAUAUUUUCGAAAUGCACAGUUGCUAUGUAGUAUUCGGUGCCAUUUAUGUCAGUACCGGUAUGUCAUGAUUUCAUAGUGCUCGGCUGUUUAAAUGGAUGGUUCUGAAAAGCAAUAUUGUAGCUGUGUGGCUCGGCUGCUGACAAAUUCAAAAGAAGAUUUUAUGAAAGCUGCAACAGUGCUCGUUAAAAUUGCAAGGAACAUCAAAAACAACCCAGGUGUCGAAAAAUAUAAAUCGAUUCAAGUUGGCAGUCGUACAUUCAUGGAGUCUCUUCUUCCCAUUGAUGGAGCAGUCCAGUGCCUGUUUGAAAUGGGUUUCAUAGAAUCAGAAAACAAGUUUAUUUAUACCAGCAAUGACUCUGUCUAUUUGACCGAACUAAAAUCUCAGCUGGAAAGUGCUUUAGAAGAAAAGCAAAAUUUAGAGCAACCUAAAGUUACAAAUUCAACUAAAAAGAAAGAAAAUGUUGAAACAUCUUUACAAAAUAUCAUAUUAUCUGAAACUCAGACUGAUAGUAAAUUGUCCUCACAUUUUCAACAUGUUAUGGUUUAUGAGAAUCCGGCUUUACAAGAAAAAGCUCGUUUCAUAAUUCCUAUGGAAACCCUUGUGCAGAAAGCACAAUCGAGACUCGCCACUAACCCAACUUUUGUAAUUUCCCAAAUUCACAAAAAGAUGGAGUAUGAUGAUUGCUUAUUGUUAGAAUUAUUGGAUUGGUUCAAAAAUCAAUUUUUUACUUGGACAGAUGCCCCAUCUUGCCCAACUUGUUUUAAUGGCAAGUCUGUGUCAAUUGGUAUGCUUCCGCCAACAUCAGAGGAAAAGAGAUGGGGGGCUGGAAGAGUUGAAGGAUAUCGAUGCACACAGUGUAAUGAUACGCUUAGAUUUCCAAGGUACAAUCACCCAGAAAAGCUGCUCGAAACUAGAACCGGAAGAUGUGGAGAAUGGGCCAAUUGUUUUACACUUUUAUGUCGGUCACUUAGUUUCGAUGCUAGGCAUGUUCUAGACUGGACUGACCACGUUUGGACUGAAGUAUAUUCAAAAGCAGCAGGCAGGUGGCUGCAUUGUGAUCCCUGUGAAAAUGAAUGUGAUAAACCUCUUUUGUAUGAAAAAGGAUGGGGGAAGAAACUGUCUAUAAUAGUAGCUGCUUCAUGUGAUGAAAUUGUUGAUGUCACAUGGAGGUACACUAGAAAUGUUGCAGAUGUAUUGUCAAGAAGAAAACUAAUUUGCAGAGAAGUGUGGCUUAGAGAAAAAAUUUUGAAGCUCAAAAAUUCUCGAAUGAACCAUUUAUCUCCAGUGAGACGGAGAAUUGUAGAGAGCCGUCAAAUACAGGAGAUGGUCGAGUUCUUGUCACCUAGGUUUGAAAGUCAAAGUGGGUUAGGUGGAAGAACUACUGGAUCACUAGAAUGGAGGGAAGCAAGAGGAGAAAUGGGUAACAUUUGUGCUGCAAACAAUGUUCAAAUUAUCCCAAAUGAAAAGGAGUUGGCAGAUAAUAUUAUUGAAUUGAAAUAUUUUUCUACUGAAGAUCAUUAUAUAAGAAAGUCUCUUUCUGAGCCAAUUCCAGGCUGGCAAUCGCUUGUUAAUUCACAUGCUCAUAUUCAAAGGAAAGUUGAAAGUGAUUGGAAAAUGGUGUAUUUAGCUCGUGCUGAACACAGUAAAAAAGCCCAUUUAUCUUGGAAAAUUAACCUAACACAACUAAAAUCUGAUAUUGUUAUAAAGGAGAUAAAAUUGAGAAUAAAGCCAACUGUAUUCCAAUCGGGUUCUGUCAAAUUUCUCAUCUGCACAGAUAGCCAUACGAUUCCUAUCAAAGAAACUGUUUCCCUCACACAUGAGGUGUUCGGGACUACUGCUAUAUCUAUCCAUGCCUUUUUAUCUGGCGGGGAAGGUGAUAAUGCUUGGCAACAUACUCAAUUAUUUCGUGACUCGUUAGAUUCUCCUAAUAGAGAGCCCCAACUAGAUAUUAUUGUUACACUCGUCAAAAAAGCAUGUAGUUGAAUGAAUAUAUGAAAAUAUUCCAAAUAUGUGAUAAUAUUCAUCGUCAUGGAUGAGCAGUACAUCUUGUGAACUUGUUUCUACAUUGUUCUUAUCAAGUUCCAAGAUUCAACUAAUUAAUCAAGACAUCAGUGCAAUAAUUUACAAAUGUAUCAAGAGUAUGUGUGGUGACAUGUAUUUAUCGAAUUUUUUAAAACUGUUUACAUGCUUUUGGAUAUUGUUGUGUAGAAGUUCUGUUGAAUGAUCCCAGCGAAAUGUCAACGUUGUUGGGAGUCCGACUAUCUGACCGCAUAAAGCAAUGUUUUAUUCAUACAUAUGCACUCUAGCUCGGCGUGUACAUAUUCAUAUUUACCAAGUUAUCACUAGUGCAAAUGUCCCUUAAAUAUGUUAAAGUUGAAUACAACUGAUGUGUAAUUAUAGCCAUGUAUGUGGUAUGUUGAGGAUGGUGAUGCAUUCUACAUAAUAAAUACCCGAUAACCAUG